AGGCCUGCGAGGGGACCCGCGUCAUGGAGGCCGCCCGGGACUACGCAGGAGCCCUCAUCAGGUGAGUGCCCCCGCGUCCGCCUGAGCCCCGCGUCCCCCAGAGAACCGCAUUCCCGUGCGCUUCCAGUUGCCUUGCGCUCCGCGCCCUCAGGUCCCCUGUGCGCCUCUCCUACUGUACCCCGCUCCCCUCGUCCCCCUGCUGCCCGCGUUCUCUUGCGCUCCACCAUCCCGCGAACACACUCAUUCGCCCCACUGGUGCCGGAGCCGUCCAGCCGCGCCCGCAGGUAGAGCCCAAGCCCAUACCGCGCCUCCUCCCCCUCUUGCAGCUAGGCGCAAGUGCCAGGCGUGGCUCUCCGAGGUGCGCGGGCGUCCGCACAGCAGGUGACAGCGGCGAGUGGCUGCAUCUCUGGCCGCUGCUGCAGUCGCUGGCGCAGAAGAGGGUUAGGUCCCAGGAACCCGGAGCAACGCCUCCACGGUGGUCAGGGAUUCGGCUUCUGGGGGUUCUGGAAAUCGCAGCGGGAUCCGGGCGCGGAGGGGCCCAGGCUUGGCCGCUCCUGGGAGCGUGGGCUCUGGUCUCCGAGGGGAGGCUCGGACCCGGCCGGCGGAGCCCGCCAGGCCCCUGACAUUUAUGGGUUCGCAGACUAAGCGAGUCCUGCUCACCCCGCUCAUGCAUCCAGCUCGCCCUUUCCGGGUCUCCAAUCAUGACAGGAGCAGCCGGCGUGGGGUGAUGGCGAGCAGCCUGCAGGAGCUCAUCAGCAAGACUCUGGAUGCCCUACUCAUCACCACCGGACUGGUCACCCUGGUGCUGGAGGAAGAUGGCACCGUGGUGGACACAGAAGAGUUCUUUCAGACCUUGGGAGACAACACACAUUUCAUGAUCUUGGAAAAAGGACAGAAGUGGAUGCCGGGCAGCCAGCAUGUUCCCACUUGCUCGCCACCAAAGAGGUCGGGAAUAGCGAGAGUCACCUUUGACUUAUACAAGCUGAAACCCAAGGACUUCAUCGGGUGCCUCAACGUGAAGGCCACCAUGUACGAGAUGUACUCCGUGUCCUAUGACAUCCGGUGCACAGGACUCAAGGCCCUGCUGAGGAGCCUGCUGCGGUUCCUGUCCUACUCUGCCCAGGUAACAGGACAGUUUCUCAUCUAUGUAGGCACGUCCCUGCUCCGGGUGCUGGAUGACACAGAAGAGCGGCCAUCCCUCAGGUCACACGCCAGGGGCCAGCUCACAUGUGGAUAGGGAUGCAGGCUGCCGCGGGCUCUUGAGCCAAACACUGCGCUUCUUUUGGCUCAGUGACGAAUGUUGAAGAUGCUUUUAUGUUCUGAGCCAUGUGCACUUGUAGGUCACUAGUCACCCUGCUGAGGAGUGGUGCCCAGGAAAGGAAAAGGCUUGGUGGUACAUGAAGUGUGGACAGUAAGCCAGGGUGCCCUGGGAGGGAGGCGUGGAGGGCCCCAGGGGACAUGCAAAGCGACCAAGCAGCAGGUGUGCCCAGGAGCAGAGUGCAUGUGUCAGAGCCCUUUGGUCUGUCAACUCCUGCAAUAAAUCCAUCGCAAGACUGGCCUUCAAGAUGUGA